UACGAUUCUCCUUUCCCAUUGUUAGGCUAUCCAAGAUGGUAGCGCAGUAUGUCCCGCCAGAAGAUGACUACCGACUCAGUGGCGAAGAUGCUCCGUUCCUCUUAGAAGAUCUCAGGAGCGAACCUGCGCCUGGAGAUGGACCUCCCGAUGAUUCCAGCUCAGACACUGUUUUACCAGAAAAAAGCCGUCGUUGGCUGGUGAUCGCCGUGGUUGCGAUAAUGCUCACCUUUGAGAUCGGAGGUCAGAUGAUCCCAGGUCCCAUGGUGCGCAUUAUCGAAACCAUCGUCUGUGAUGACUAUUGGCGUGCACACGACGCAAGUCGACUCCCGGCUUCGGGCCAUGUAGCAGAGCAGCAGUGUAAGAUAGAAGAGGUGCAGGCGGAAGUCACGACUAUCAAGGGGUAUUCGGAUUUCCUCGAGGGGCUACUCUGCGUCCUCUGCGCUAUCCCAUACGGUUUGUUGGCAGAUAGAUAUGGACGCAGACGAGCCAUUCGUCUUACCAUUCCUGGAUUUGUCCUGAAUGCAAUCAUCACUAAUUCCGUACUGUGGUUCUCUGAUAUCUUCCCUCCCAGGGCUAUCUGGCUCGCAUCGCUGAGUUGGACCAUUGGGGGAGGACCAACUAUUGUAAUGGCACUGAUAUGGACGAUGUUGGCCGAUCAUACGACAGAUUCAACCCGUGCGAUACUCUUCUUUCGGGUUGGAGUUGUCAGUGAGAUUGCUACUUUCCUCGCCGGUGCGAUAAGCGCGCAACUCAUGACCGUUAACCCUUGGAUCCCGAUGAUGGCCGGUUGUGGAUUCGUUACUAUCGGACUGAGCUGUGCUUUCUUUUUACCGGAGACUUUGAACCAUUGCGUAAAGAGGAAGUCCCCGAUGCAUGGUGUUGACCAAGUUUCCUGCAUGGGCGGCCUGAAUGUCGAUGAAGAAUCGUCCUACUCCAGCGCAAAGGCUCUCCCGAAACAGUCAAGACAUCGUCUCAUCUGGGGAAAGAUUCGACGGUUCCUCAAGCAUGACAUCUUCAUCUUCGACCACCGGAUCCUAUUGCUACUCUUCGGCUUUGCCGUCUCUGAGCUUGCUCGGGGCUCCUCUGGGUUCCUGGCUCAGUAUAUCUCCACACGCUUCAGCUGGACCCUAGCACGGGCCAAUCUGCUCAAAUCCUUCCACACAGCUGCUACCAUCCCGGUGUUCCUGUUCCUCCUUCCUUAUCUUGCAAAACACGUGCUGCAUUACCUAUCGCUGCGCGGAAGGGAUCUUUACCUUGCGCGUAUGAGUAUCAUUUGUUUAGCUGUUGGAUCACUCGGUGUUGGCCUUGCGCCGCACAUCGUCUUCUUGGUUCCAAGUCUUUGCCUGCACGCGGCUGGAGGAGGACUCCCGCUUGUCGCACGGUCACUAGCUACAGCCUUGGUGGAAAGGGACAAAACAGCAAGGCUCUACUCGACAGUUGAGAUAUUCCAGUCGGUGGGAAGUGUGUUGGGGAGUCUAUGUUUUACGAAUGUAUUCACGCUUGGGUUGAAACUGAGCGGAGCAUGGAUCGGCCUUGUGUGGAUAAUGAGCAGUCUGCUCUUUGCACUGGUGGGAAUCGCACUUAUGGUGCUUCGAGUAUAA